CUUGGCCACACUGCUCCAAAUCAGCUGUUACAGGAAUUUACUGACUGCUCUUAGCUGCGCGCCACAGAUGAUAAACAUCCGAGUUUAUCCACAUCAACCUCCAUGGCCACUCUGAACGAAACGCUGCGUAGCCACUGGCCCAUUUCAUUGUUUGGCUUAAUACUUUUCGUGGCCGGAAGCACGGUGCUCUAUUGGAACGAGGGACGCGCCGUCCACAACAUGAUGGCUCUGGACGAGGCGCACGCCGACAUCUAUUCGGUACGGUUCACGGAAGAAGAACAGGAGGUGGGUCUCGAGGGAAGGAUCGUCCACCUCUCCGGUCCCAUUCUCGUUGGCGAGCCUCUUACAGAACCGGAUUAUAACAUACAAUUGCUGGCUGUGAAGCUCCGACGCCGUGUCCAAAUGUACCAGUGGGUCGAGGAGACCGUCGAGCACAACUUUGGCGAAAGUGUUGGAACGACGCAGGAGGAUUCCCGUAGCUAUUACUACACGAGGGAAUGGCGUGAUAAGAUUGUGGACUCGCGGAACUUCUACAACCGCUAUGGACACACGAAUCCCAGCAGCUUUCCCAUCGAAAGUCAUGUUCAAGUGGCGGAUGCCGUCUACAUUGGUCGUUAUGAAUUGGGACCAGAGGUGAAGGACAAGUUUGGUAAUUAUCAAGAACUCACCUCGGACAUUCGGCCGGAAGACACCAGUGUUAAGCUGCAUCUAGGAAUUUACUAUCACACCAAUGAUGUGUUCAAUCCAGAAGUUGGCGACCUAAGACUUCUUUUUAGCUUUGCUGGGAUGGAGGGUGAGGAGUACAGUGUAGUGGGCAAACUAUCAGGAAACAAAUUAGUUCCCUACAUUACUUCCCGUGGAGUUCCAGUGCUUUUGGUCUAUCCCGGAGGACUUAGUGUCCAGGAAGUAUUCCGUUUGGAGGCACGGGCCCAAGUCCUGCACACCUGGUGGUGGCGCUUUGUUGGCUGGCUGCUGAUCUUCUUCGGGGUUACCUGCAACACAAAAAUUCUGCGACUACUUUUUAUCCGAGUUCCACUGUUGGUGGCUUUGGCUCCGGAUCCUCAGUUUCCGGUGACUGGGAACUUGCUUAUCGCCUUCUCGCUGGCCCUGACCAUUGCGGCAGUGGCUUGGAUUCUUCAUCGUCCUGUGAUCGGCGCCUGCCUCUUUCUGGCUGGCGCUUCGCCCUACGUCUGGUUCACACGCAGCCUGGUCGACUACCAGCGCCUGGACUGAUCCAUUACAGCAUCAUAUCGUUCUUAUUUACAGGUUUAUUUAUUGUUGAUUCUACUUGUUAAGCUAACGUCAUGUCAUUUGCCAUCGGCCAAUUAAAACUUAAUAACACUUAGUAAAUAACCUAAA